ACAGGCUCCACUCCUGCAACCCACUCCAAGGCACCCCACCGACCACACUGCCAGUACUGCCUGCACCUCGCCAGCGACAGCGAAGCUGCAUACCGAUAGAAUGCCCUGACCGAGGGAGGUUGCUGUCCGCUCCACUGGCUGAUUGUGUUUCUUUCUUCCUGUUUGCCUUCCUUGCUCCUGCCAUGGAGUCCUGGGGGAGGAGCUAGCCAUGCAUCCCUUUGGUGCCUGAAGAAUUGCAUAGCCUGAUCAGCCACAGCCAAGUACUGGAAAAGAUUGAAAUGCUGUUUGUUCAGGUUAGCGUUGUACUUCAGUUCUGCACCAAUAUUGGUAGUGUUUUCGUCAACUUCAGUUUAUACUGUAUUACUGUUUAAGUGUUUAUUAGGUUUGCGGUUUGUUUCUUCAUCGUGACAUUUUCAGUUGUAUUUAGUUCUAGCUGAACGCGAUACAGUGGUUCGGCUAAUCUUACAGUUACAUGGCUAAACAACUAGCAAACCCAAACAAAUAGACAGUUGUUACUUGUUAGAAGAUCAUCAGUUCAUACUUCAUCGGUCUCGGAUUGGACUGCCCAGAAUCAACUUUUGGAUUAGGGUUCAGACGAUAUUGCUUUUGAAUAAACGACAGACAGGGUUCAGUACGAGCCAACAGUACAAAAGCAUACUUAUGUAGUUUUGUUAUAUAUGGUCUUGGGUUUGGUGGUCAUAAUUUCAGAAGAGCAACUUUUCAAUGCUUCUGAUGUCAAAGAGUUAACAGCAAGUUCUUUUUUUUUCCUUCGGAAUGAGACACAUCAACAAGUGGCUGUUGCUUCAGAACCCACACAUUAUGUCUCCUUUACAAAAGCUUGGUGGAUGGAAUGGAGAAGUGUUCACUGUUCAGUUCUAGGACCUUUUAUCCUUAGCAGCUGGUAGGCAAAACGUGAAAACCAAACUAGUGCAGUUGUUGGGACCUUGAGGGGUUCAUACAUAAAGCAAGAGCAUCAUGCAAACCUAAUUGGCUUGGCCACAACAAUGCUGACAGAGGAAAAAGCUGUUGGUGAUUAUUUUCAAGGGAGGGGCUGAAGAAGCAAUCAUCAAGGGAACGAUGGCGGAAAUGGAAGAAGCUCUGCGAUCCUGCAUGGAGCAGCUGGUCAUUGCCCGAGAAGAGCGGGAGCAGAUCAUCGUGGAGGCGGCCAACGAGAUAUCCUCGGAGAAGAGGAAAGUGCGCGAGCUCCAGCAGAAGCUGGAGGACGCGAACAAGAAGGCCGCGAAGCUCGCCGCCGAGAACAACAGCCUCCGCAAGGCCGUCGACGCCAAGGACGCGCUGGUCGGCGAGCUGAGGCAGUCCGAGGCGGCCGCCGGCGGCAAGCUCGCCGACGCGACGGCGAGGCUCGAGUCGGCGCAGAAGCAGGCCACGUCGCUGCAGUACGAGGUGCGCAUGCUGCAGAAGGAGCUCGAGGUCCGUGGCCAGGAGCGGGAGUACGACCUCAGGUCCGUCGACGCCGCGCGCCGGCAGCAGGCGGAGCACCUGGAGCGGAUCGCGGCGCUGGAGGCCGAGUGCCAGCGGCUGCGCGCCAUGGUCCGCAAGCGGCUGCCCGGGCCGGCGGCGAUCGCCAAGAUGAGGGACGAGGUCGAUCAGCAGCAGAAGCAGCAGACCCCCGCCGCCAGCCCGCGCCGGCCGCGCCCUGCGACGCCGUCCUCGCCGCGGUCGGUCCCGCCGUUCUCGCCGCGGACGCCGUCGCCGCGGCGCUCGGUGUCGGACGCCGAGGGCCACGCUGCGUCCAGGCUCCGCGCCGUCGAGGACGAGAACAGGGCGCUGAAGCAGGAGCUCGCCAAGAGGGAGGGCGAGCUGCAGUUCGUGCAGAUGAAGUACGCCGACGAGGCCUGCAAGCUGACGGUGGUGCAGAGGCAGCUCAAGGAGCUGACAGAGGAGAACAAGCAGCUGAACGAUGCUAACUGUGAAUCAGAGUCUUGGGCUUCUGCUCUGAUUUCUGAACUGGAGCAGUUCAGGGCUGCCAAGCAGAACGGUGCAUCCAUCAUGGCGUCAUCUGAGAUGAACUUGCUCGACGAUUUCGCAGAGAUCGAGAAAAUGGAGAUGGCAUCAGGUGAUCUGAAGGGCAACGUGCCACGUGCAUCUCUGAAGAAGGCGGAUAUGGCACCGGUUACGCCAGAGAAGAGUGGCAAUGAUCCUGCCGUGAAUGGUACCAUCCCCAACGGCCAUCCUGAAAGAGUUCAUGAUAUUUGGAACCUCGUGGUGCAUAAGCAUGAAGCAAGUGGAGAAAGCAUUGAAACCAUUCUUGAGGAGAUUCAGAAAGCAAUUUCUAACAAAAGAGAAGAUUCAGAGGUACCAUUUGACCGGUCUGAAAUAGAGAAGACGGUGAGAGAUCUGAUUGAGAGAAUCACUCCCAUGAUUGGCACAUCUGCAGGGGAUAAUGUUGCAAGAUCAGGACCGCUGUUACAUGGCAAAUCUGAACUUUGCAGUCGCCUUGAGCAACUGGUUCAGGUGUGUCAUGAUCUACUGCAUGGGAAAGCUAAACUUGAAAAGUUCAUCGACGAGGUUUGCCUGAUCCUGAAGUACAUUGUGGAACAAUAUUUAUCGAACCAAGAUCUAUCUGACACCGCGGAUAGUGAUGAAAAGAAUUUUGAUGAGGAUAAGUCACCAGGUACAGUCAACACAGAAGGUAAACAGGACAUCCAAAUUGCAGAAGCAGCAGCAACUCCAGAUAUUCAGAAAGAAGCACAGGAAGGACCAAAUCAGCCAGCUGAAGACCAUAUAAUGGCCACUCAUCAAGAGAAGCUGGAUGAAGAACUCGCACUAGUUGUACUUGCUCAGGAUGACAAUAUCCUGCCGGGCAGAAAAUCAGCCUGUUGUGAGAUAGAAAGUACUGCUGCUGAGGCAAGUGUGCAACAUUGUGCAGCUCAAGAGGAAAGUCAUUUGGCAACAGACUCGGAGAUUCUCGCAGCAGCUGACAAACUCGCCGAGUGCCAGGAGACUAUCACGAUUCUGAGCAAGCAGCUGCAGGCUCUGAAGGUCCCAACAACUUCAUCAGGUCCUCUCGAUGGCUCCAUCUGCAACCCCAGGCCGAGCUCGGCGAAGUCCGACUACAAGCCGCAGUCGCUCGCGAGCAUCCUCGCCGAGGAGUUCGCCUGCGCUGAGGGCUCCAGAUCUCCUACUACGCCCAAACAGGAGCAGUUAAAGAAAGAAGAAGAAGAGGUUUAUGCAACAAAAAUGAGGAGCACGGCACAGGGGCAGAAAAACGCCGGCGCUGACGACGAGGAAUCGACACAGGUAGUCGUCCAUCCGGUGUUCGCCGAGGCGCGGAAGGAAGACGAAGCUUCGGCUGAUCCGAAGAGGAAGAAGAAGCGAAGUCAGAGCCUGCUGGGCAGGAUCAUCUUCAGAAAGAAAGUGGAAGGCUGAAGCUGCAGAAGAUGAAGUCAACAUGGUGAAUGGUGAGCUGCUGCUGGUGCUGCAACCUGCAAGUGUGCCAUGGAUCCAAGCAGUGCUGCUACGUUCUGAUCAGUGAUUUUUGAGCGUGUUCUGUUUAUCCAUUCCUUGAAUUUCCUGCUCCCAGAGAUUGGCCGUACAUUCUGUUUCGGAGGCUGAUGGCUGAUGGCAACAUGCUCUGGCUGUCUGGCACAUGGUGUGAACAGAUUUUCUUCUUGACGUCCGCGAACAGAUUUUCUUUGUGUAUUUAUUAUGGACCUCAUGGUUGUGCAAAUGUUAAUUUAUUGAAAGAGAAUACGCUCUCUUUUUUUUCCUUACA